AUGCCUGAAUGGGGCAUUCAUGAGCUAGCAGGUGUCCGUCUCCCCUUACAACCAUACCCCGGAGGCCAUGCCGUCUUUAUGUAUAGCACGGCCUCUGACGGUAACGUCACGCUACAGCUUAAAGAACCUGACGAUCUCGAUCGGAAUAGCUUGGCUGCCAUGUUGGCUAAGCUCCAGGACGACGCAACCUUCUCCAUCUCCUACCAGGAUACGGAUAUCUUAUCAGAGGGGAUCGACGUACUCCUAGGGACAGGAACGGCAAAUUCAGGGUACUCUUCUACCUUCAACAGAGUAACUGAAACCAGUGCCCUCGAUUCAGAUCAACUUCAUAAUAUACCAACCGCAAGUUGCUCUACUACUGCUCAGAUAGAAGCAGAAUCGAAUAUAGAUGUUAGUUUUGAAAAAUUGCUUCUUGCUACUAUGAAAAAUCACACUUCAUAUGAGAAAGUAAAGAAAAAGCGGGUAUGUCCAGGUGCUGAGGUUAUCACUAACGAUGGUGCCAUACAAAGACUUAAAGAUAAUGAAAUUAAGAUGAAAGUUAAGCUACAAACAGCCAAGAAGAAAAAUAAAAAAAUCCAAAAUUGAUAGUUCGGAUGAUGAAGAAAAUGCUGACAACUUCAGUCUACACUAAUCUUCCAGCGAG